AUGACUUUAACGUUGACCACAUCUCCCGCCGCUCGGAAGUUCGCCGAGCGUUUGAUGCGGGAGGUCCCAUAUCGUGACAGCUGCAGCGCGUCUUGCACCAAUAAGGGUGCCCACGAGCACGAUGCAGAAUGCGCUGGGUCAGUUAAUCACCCUUGUGGACACGACCUGUCCAAGGAACGCGAGCUUUUCGAGCGCAGUCUUCCGGACAAGUACCGCGCCUGUACGAUGUUCCGCGAGGAGGCGAAGGUUGCAUUCACGUCGCAGCAAUACAAGCUCGCCGCUAAGUUCUACGAGAAGAUUCUGAUCCAGCUAGACUACACAUUCGCUGAUGACGCGGAUUGGAAGGCCAAAUUUCGGGAGAUGGAGCUGUCUACACACAUCAAUCUCGCGCUGACCAAGUUCCGCCUCCAGGAGUUCCGGCAAUCGAUAUUCCAUUGCAACAGGGCUCUAUCGUUGGACGCAACGAACGUUAAGGCGCUCGUGCGCCGCGGACUCUGCUACAUGUCGCUUUGUUCCUACGACGAAGCUAAAAAGGACUUCCUGAAAGCGCUUGAAAUAGACACUGGUUGCGCAACUGCUCAAGCGCAGCUGGCGUUAAUAGGCAAGCUGGUGAGUGCUUUGUUCGUUUUAGCAUAG